AUGCACCUGGCGAGUCAGAGCGGCAAGGCCGGCGCCGGCCAGCUGCUCUUCGCCAACUUCAGGCAGGACAAUAUGUCCCUAGCUGUUGGUAGUAAGUGCGGUUAUAAAUUUUUCUCCCUUUCUUCUGUGGAUAAGCUGGAACAGAGCUAUGAAUGCACUGAUAAUGAAGAUGUGUGCAUUGUAGAAAGAUUGUUUUCAAGCAGCUUAGUGGCCAUCGUUAGCCUCAAAGCUCCUAGGAAGCUCGAAGUUUGCCACUUUAAGAAAGGAACUGAGAACCACAACUACAGCUACUCGAAUACCAUCCUGGCUGUGAAGAUGAACAGGCAGAGGCUAAUAGUAUGCCUGGAGGAGUCUCAAUAACACAACCUUCGGGACGUGAAAGUCCGGCACACGAUCAGGGAGACCCCUCCCAACCCUGCAGGCUUGUGUGCACUGUCCACACACAACGACAAUGGUUACUUGGUGUACCCAGGCAGUGCCACCAUCGGAGAGGUGCAGGUCUUCGACACCAUGAACUUGAGAGCUGCGAACAUGAUCCCGGCUCACGACAGUCCCUUGGCAGCGCUGGCGUUUGACUCCAGCGGAACCAAGCUCUCCACUGCCUCGGAGAAGGGGACAGUGAUUAGGGUAUUCUCCAUUCCAGAGGGACAAAAACUCUUUGAGUUCCGGAGAGGAGUUAAGAGGUGUGUGAGCAUCUGCUCCUUGGCCUACAGCAUGGACAGCAUGUUCCUCUCCGCAUCCAGCAACACUGAGACUGUGCCCAUCUUCAAACUCGAGACUGUGAAAGAAAAACCUCAGGAGGAGCCCACCACCCGGACCGGGUACUUCGGGAAGGUACUCAUGGCUUCCACCAGCUACUUGCCCUCCCAAGUAACAGAAAUGUUCAACCAGGGCAGAGCCUUUGCCACAGUCCACCUGCCUUUCUGCGGCCACAAGAACAUCUGCUCGCUGGCCACAAUUCAGAAGAUUCCCCGGCUCCUGGUGGGAGCUUACGACGGGUACUUGUACAUGUACAACCUGGACCCCCAGGAGGGAGGCGUGACCCUGAUGAAACAGCACAAGUUGGAUGGCAGCAUGGAGACGACCAAUGAAAUCUUAGACUCAGCCUCUCGCGACUGCCGGUUAGUGACCCAGGCCUACAGCCCAGCUGUUGCCACAGGUACUCACGGGCCUUCAUCCCCCACCAGACUUGCCUACACAGACGAGCUGGGAGCAGUGGGCGGCACAUGUCUGGAAGAGGAGGCCAGCGCUCUGCGGCAGGAGGACAGUGAGCAUCCUCCUAUGAUUCUUCGGACUGACUGA